CAUAAAACAUUCAAAAAAGUAAAAAAAAUGCUAUUAAUUUCAUAGCCCUGAAAAAUAAUUGGCGAUAAAUAAUAAUUAUUAGUGGCUACGAGCAUAAAAAAUAUUUAAGAAGUGUUAUAUUUCCCGAUGGUGCUAAAACAAUUAAACCCCUCCAUACUACGUCCACACAUAUAUUUAUAAAAAAUCUUAAACAAAUCAUUCAAGUUUGUUUCAAAAAAGAAACUAUGGCAGUAACCCAACUAAAAAUCUAUUUUGCGAUAGAAAACAAAACGGAAAUCGUUGAUAUAACACCCACAACAACAGCCGAAGAUAUUUGUAUAAAAUUAUGUAAAAAAUUAUGUAUAGGAACCGUAGCAAGACACCUAUUUGGACUUCGGACCCACGGCAAACAAAUAUUUUUGAUGCCCUCCGCUACGUUUACCGAAAAAACUCGUGAAUUCGAUUUAAGAAUACGAUUCAAAGUGACUUCUAUUGAAAAAUUAAAAAAAAUCGACAUCAAUGCUUACGAUUAUUUUUUUCAUCAAGCUCGAUUGGAUGUCUUGGAAAAUAAAAUUCCUGAUUUGAUAUUCGAUAAUUAUCGAAAGGAACUUGUUGGGUUGGGAAUCGCUGAUAUGUACAGAGUUAUGCUUGAAAAUGACGUAUCUAGAGAAACUAUCGAAGGAGAUUACAAAAAAUACAUUCCGAAAGCGGUUUUAAGUAGGCAUCACUUUUUUGUUAAAAAGCCCAUUCGGGAAGGUUUAAAUAACAUAAAAAAGUCGCUUCAAGACGCUUGGUAUGUGAAAGAACAGUAUUUAAAGCAACUUGAUAGAAUGGUCCCAGAAUAUUUAGCUGAAGAAUAUAAAGUUAUGAUGGAUGAUCGAGAGAGUAUUAUUGAAGUAAUCAUUAAAACAUCACAACAUGCUGAAGAACCGGGGAUUAAUUAUACCAGUUUAUCAAAAAAUGAUAAAUGGCAUAAUAUAUGUUCAUUAGAAGACAUUGCAUUUAUAUCGAUAAGAGAUAAUACAGUUGAAUUAAGCCGAAAAAAUGGAAUCCCAAUUUAUCUUUUCUUCAAGAAAGAACCGGAAAUGUAUUCUUUUGUUAGUUACGUUGAUGGAUAUUAUAGAUUAUCUGUAAAAUGGACGUUUAAUUUAUGUAGAAAUGUAAUAACCCCGUCAUUAGAAAAAUUAUAUGCUAUGAGAUGUCAUGGACCAGUUGGAGGCGAAUUCUCUUAUGCUAAAUUGGAAGAAAAACGAAAUAAUCAGCCGGGCUGUUACAUUAUUCGUGAAAGCGAAUCAAAGUACAACAUUUAUUAUGUCGAUGUGUGCUUAAAAAACAGUUCAAAACCAAAAACUUUUAAACUUGAACGACUUGGAAGCAAUGAAUUCGUUUUUCAUGAUGAUCUUACUAAAUAUCCUAGUAUUCCAGCGAUAGUUGCUGCUUACAAAAAUGAAAAUGAUGCGAUUUAUUUAAAGGAGUGUUUACCACCAUCAGAAACUGAUAAAUCACCCUUACUUUUGUGUGCAAAAGAAGAUUUAUCAUCAGAUAUUGUGACGGAAGCAUCAAGUAUGAUUUUAAAGGAUCCUGUUUUUAUCAGCACCCAAAAUAUUUUGGUUUUUAAAGCUGACAAAAAACAGAACGAAGAUGGGGUCACUUUAAUAUACAGAUGCAUGUGGAAACACGCUAAAGGUAAAAAAAUUGAAGUUGCAAUGAAAACAUUGAAAAAGGAACAUCGCGAUAAACAUUUAAAGGACAUGUUGGAAGCAGCAGGUCAAUGGUCUUUAGUCCAAUCAUCAUCAAUUGUUCGAUUAUUUGGUGUAACCGUGUCAGGAUAUCUCUCAAUGAUACUCGAAUACAUUAAAUAUGGCCCAUUAGAUGAAUAUUUAAGACAAAAUAAAAAUAAAUUAAAAGAAGUCGAUUUAAUAGAAGCUUCCUCAGCUUUAGCAAACGCUUUAUGGCACUUAGAAGAUAUCGGGAUAGUUCAUGGAAAAAUUCGUUGUAAAAAACUUUUAGUUUGCAACCAUGACAGCAGAGAAUUCAAAGUAAAAUUAGGUUUGCCAAGUAUAAAAACUAGUUAUGAAAAAGAAGAGUUACAUUGGAUUCCCAUUGAGUGUUAUGGAAAAGAAGAUUUAGCUAAAACGUCUCCCGCGGCGGAUGUAUGGGCUUAUGGCACAACUUUAUGGGAAAUUUUUAGUUAUGGACAAAAAAUUAAAUCGAUUGAAUUGAAUCAAAUGCGCAUGUGGUACAAUACCGGGAAACGCUUACCAAAACCGAAUACUUGCUCCGAAGAUAUUUACGAAUUAAUGUUGAGUUGUUGGGAGAAAGAUCCGCAUCAUCGAAAGAAACCGCAGAGUAUUGUGAGAGAUAUUAGUCAUUUAAUGUAUCAAGUUUAUGGAUCAAGACGUGUUCAUAAUUAUGCUCAAGUUAAACCACCACACAGAGGAAUUACUACAUCUACAUCAAGUUUAGCUUCAGCAAGUACUGUAGCUAUGGAUGAACUUUGCAAAGCAGAAAGUAUGUCAGAAUUAAAUCAAGAUGUAUUAUCAACCCCAAAUAUGAAUAUGGCAAGAAGAGAAUGGCAUUCAGUUGAAAACAUGAUCACUUUUGACACUUUAUCAAGCGAUGGAUUCUCGUCAUUUUUAAAUAAUUUCACUACAUCGACAACUUUAACAAGUGGGGUUCCAUCAAUGCAAAGUAUUUUUGAAUUAGAUUGUAACUAUAACGUAAUAUUACAAGGUCGAAUAGGACAAGGUUUUUAUGGUGAAGUUUAUAAAGGUUUAUUAGAACGAAAUUACGACAGUAAAACCGGACCUAUACUUGUAGCAGUAAAAAAAUUAAAAAAAACCGCCGUUAGUUCAUCCCGACAAGAUUUCGAGCGCGAAAUUGAAAUAAUGAAAGCAUUAAGACACCCAAAUAUUGUUGAAAUACUCGGUGUAAAAAACGAUGAUGAAACUUUACUUGUUAUGGAAUAUAUUCCGCAUGGUUCUUUACAAUGUUAUGUCAAAAUCCAUAAAGAACAUUUAUCAACAAAACAAUUGUUACUUUACUCUUUGGGUAUAGCAAAAGGAAUGGAGUAUUUAGGACAGAGAAAUAUUGUUCAUCGAGAUUUAGCUGCAAGAAAUAUUUUGGUGGUAGAUGAAAAUGAUGUUAAAAUUUCUGAUUUUGGGUUGGCCCAAUUUAUAAACGCUGGGGAUUAUUAUGUUCUACAAACCAAUAGGGAUUUACCAAUAAAAUGGUAUGCUCCUGAAAGUUUAAAUGAAGGUAAAUUUUCAACGAAAUCCGAUGUUUGGUCUUAUGGAGUAACUUUAUGGGAAAUGUUUUCGUAUGGUGAAGAACCAAAACUUGCUGAUGAAUCAAAAAGUGGGGAACCAGAACAACAACAAAUUUUAAAACUAUUACAAGAUGGAAUUCGAUAUCCAUGUCUUACACAAUUUCCUCGUUUAACAUAUAUAAGAGUAAUACAUCCAUGUUGGGCUUAUACUCCAAAAGAAAGACCAACUUUUACAACGAUAUGUAAAAACAUUGAGUAUGAGAUACAAAACGAGACUGAUCUUUAAAAAUCCUAUUAUAAAUCUUUUAUAUUUUAUUAUUUUUAAAUAAUUUAAUUUUCAAAUUAUUAAUUUUAAAGUAUAUAUUUUUUUAUUGUUAAUUUGCUUGCCAAGUAAAAUAAGCUUUAUAUAAAAACUAAUUUAGUUUUCUACCUCAAAACUUCAAUUUUCGAUUUAAUAACCUUACAAAAAAAUUAUUGUUCUUUUUUUCUUAACUUUGAGAUUAAUUAUUUUUUUUAUCUUUUACUUUUAGUAUGUACCUGACUUUAACGUAUCAAUUAAGACUUGAAAAGAAACAUGUUGUGUACAUAAACUGAUUUUUAAAACUAUAAAAAAAAAUUGUAUAAAUACUAAGUGUCGAUCAAAUUGAGACAAAAUAUUUGUGACUUGUGCAAUUAUUACAAUUUGUGUAUGUCUUUAUCUUAUUAAUUGUUAAAGAGAAAAGAAAUUCUAUGCAAAUGUCAUUUAUUUGUGGUAUUUGUAUGGGUGCCAUAUAAAUUUUAUAUUAUACAAGAUUAGAUCGAAAUAAAAAUAAAAUUAAUUUUGAUUUAUUCAA